CAUUGUUUUGAGGUUGGGUUGGUUUGGGUUGGUUUGGUGAGGGUGGGUGAGGUGAGUGUGUUUUCUCUGUUUCUUGGAGGAUGGAGGUUGAGGAGGGAGGUUGAGGAAGAGGUUGUGGUUGUGGUUGUGGUUGUGGUUAGCUAAGGGUUGGUUCUCUCCUAAGAAACACAAUUCCGAAGGGUGGGUUGGCGAGAUACUCCGUGGGAGUUUCUCUAUCAAGGGCCCGGGGAAAGGCGAAGUUUCUGUUUCCCUCUGCUUCAUCCUUGCAUUCUUUUUCUGUCAGGGCUGGGCUCUUGGGGCUUAUACGCAGAUACCUUCGAUUGAGCGGGUUGUUGUUCUGUCUUCUAUUGGGGGGGUAGGGGGGAUGGUAUACUGAGUGGUUCCUUUGAAGGGUUAUGCUGGGUGGUGGUGGUUAUAGAUGGAUUCAAGCUAGCUUGAGACUUCCCCAAUAGAACCAAAGCUACUGAAGCAGCAAUGAAAUCCACCAUCCCCACCGUCGACAUCGCCCCCUGGCUAAACCCCCAUGUCUCCGAGUCCGCCCGCCAGCACGUCGUCGCCGCCAUGCGCGACGACGCCUGCACCACCUACGGCUUCUUCAACCUCAUCGGCCACGGCGUCGCCCCCGCUCAGCGCCAGGAGAUCCUCGACUGCGCCAAGCUCUUCUUCACCCUGCCCGAAGACGAGAAGAUGAAGGUCUGGAUCGGCAACUCCGUGGGUCGCUCGUUCCGGGGGUACGAGCCCCCCGGCAUCCAGACGCACCAGGAGGGGCUGUUGCCGGACACCAAGGAGUGCUUCAUCGUCGGCCACGAAGUCCCCGCCACCGACCCAGAAAGCGGCACCUUCUCCACCGGCCCCAACCUCUGGCCCGCCGCGGAGGGCCAUCGGUAUAGUGUCCCGUUCUUUUUGAAUGGGCAGUUGGGGUUGCGGUGUAAGGCGUUGGAUGGGUCCGGGGUUGAGACGGUGGUGGGGGAGCAUAUUCGCGGCAGGUUGAUUGAGACGAUGGGAGUGACGGGGGAGAGGUUGAGGUAGAUUUGUGGUGGUUGGGGGUAUUCAACAUACUGUAUGAGGGAAAAGGUUGAGGUUAUAGUAAAGUACGAUACUAGUUGGGACGUACUUAAAUUAGCUGCGAUGA